CCCGCCCCUCCCCCUCCCGCCCACGCGGAGCCGGCUCCCCCCGCGCGCGCGCGCGCCCCCUGCACCUCCGCGCCUGCGCGCUGCCCAGGCCCUGCCCGAGUGUGGGGGGCGCCGCCGGCCCCGGGGGGGUGGGGGACCAGGGGGGAAAAAAGUCAGCACGCGGAACCGGGCCAGGGCAGUCCCCUCCCGCCACAAUGGCCUCUGGGGUGGAAGUCCUGCGCUUCCAGCUGCCUGGCCACGAGGCCGCUACGCUGCGGAACAUGAACCAGCUCCGCGCCGAGGAGCGGUUCUGCGACGUGACCAUCGUGGCCGACAGCCUCAAGUUCCGGGGCCACAAGGUCAUCCUGGCCGCCUGCUCGCCGUUCCUCCGCGACCAGUUCCUGCUGAACCCCAGCUCCGAGCUGCAGGUUUCGCUGAUGCACAGCGCGCGCAUCGUGGCCGACCUGCUCCUCUCCUGCUACACGGGCGCCCUGGAGUUCGCAGUCAGGGACAUCGUCAACUACCUGACGGCCGCCUCCUACCUGCAGAUGGAGCACGUGGUGGAGAAAUGCCGGAACGCCCUCAGCCAGUUCAUCGAGCCCAAGAUCGGCCUCAAAGAGGACGGGGUCGGCGACGCCAGCCUCGUGAGCAGUGCGGCCAAGUCCCUCCUCCCUCCAGCCAGGACCCCAAAGCCUGCACCGAAACCCCCACCGCCACCGCCUCUACCCCCUCCGCUCCUGCGGCCCGUGAAGCUGGAGUUUCCGCUGGACGAGGACCUGGAGCUGAAGGCGGAGGACGAGGACGAGGAUGAGGACGAGGACGUUUCUGACAUCUGCAUCGUCAAGGUCGAGUCGGCCCUGGAAGUGGCCCACCGCCUCAAGCCCCCCGGAGGCCUAGCGGGGGGCCUGGGUAUUGGGGCGUCUGUGGGCAGCCACCUGGGCGAGCUGGCCCAGAGUAGCGUGGCCCCCAACGCCGUGGCCCCUCCGCAGGGGGUGGUCAAGGCCUGCUACAGCCUGUCCGAGGACGCAGAGGGCGAAGGCCUGCUCUUGAUCCCGGGAGGCCGGGCCAGUGUGGGGGCCACCUCGGGCCUGGUGGAAGCAGCAGCGGUGGCCAUGGCUGCCCGGGGGGCGGGGGGCAGCCUGGGGGCGGGGGGCAGCCGGGGCCCCCUGCCCGGGGGCUUCUCGGGCGGAAACCCCUUGAAGAACAUCAAGUGCACCAAAUGCCCGGAGGUGUUCCAGGGCGUGGAGAAGCUGGUGUUCCACAUGCGCGCCCAGCACUUCAUCUUCAUGUGCCCGCGCUGCGGCAAGCAGUUCAACCACAGCAGCAACCUCAACCGCCACAUGAACGUCCACCGCGGCGUCAAGUCGCACUCGUGUGGCAUCUGCGGCAAGUGCUUCACCCAGAAGUCCACGCUGCACGACCACCUCAACCUGCACUCGGGAGCGCGGCCCUACCGGUGCUCCUACUGCGACGUGCGCUUCGCCCACAAGCCGGCCAUCCGGCGGCACCUCAAGGAGCAGCACGGCAAAACCACGGCCGAGAACGUGCUGGAGGCCGGCGUGGCGGAGAUCAACGUCCUCAUUCGCUGAGGGCCCGGGAGGCCGGGGCCUUCCCGGACCCCCGGGGGAUUGGGGGGCGGGGUUCUGGGUCAGGCCUACGUUUCGAGGGAGGAAGAUUGGAGAGAAGACCUUGCCUCAAAGAGCAAAAGGAGAGGAUGGAGCCGGAGACAGGGUUGACAAGGCCGAGGGAGCGCGGGGUCCCAAGGAGAGAUUUCUUUUUUUCGGAGGCGCACGAACGAUGUGGGGGGAGAGAAAAAAGCCAAGGCUUGAAGUUCGGAGAACAUCCCUUUCCUGGCUAAGGCUGCCUCUGGGGAAAGGUCCUAGUGUUCCUUGAGGUGGGGUGGGGUGGGGGUUGUGGGGUGGUUGGCAGGAGAGUUGGCUUGCUCCUGCUUAGAGUAGCUCACAGGGAAGAGAAGGGGAGGCGUUCCUGCAUGCUGGGGAGGGGGCCCGUGGGCGCUCGGCUCACCGAAAACGACAAAAUAUAUGUGCCAGGUAAGAGGACAGGGCGGGCAGCCCGGGUAGGGAAUGAGACACGGGAUACAGUAGCAAGAACAGCGGAUAGUGGAGGGUGGGGGCAGGGCACGUAGGAAAAAGGACGCGAGGAGGGCCGGGGGGAGGGAGAGGAGUAGGGACAUACAGUAUUUUUUAAGAAAACGUAUUUUUUAGGAUUUGUUUCUGGAGUUCGGGGUUUUAGUUUUUCUCUGUUUUCCACAAAAUAAAAAAACAAACCAAACCUUCUUUUCCUUUA